AUGUUACAUACAAAUAAGGAAGACAAGAAUUUUGUUUCUUCUGUUUGUUCUGGUUUUUUUUUCCGAUUACCAACUACCGUGAAACAAGUGAAAGGACAUCGGAAUAUUUUGCGUAAUACUCGUCAUACUACUACUACUACCGGUGGCGGUGAACCACAGUUAGCUAGCAGUAAAUCUCGUUCACGGAAAACGAAACAUUCCAAAUCGAAUACCGAUGUAAAUAAAAUGAAAAUAUCUCCGAGUGCUUUUCUUAACCGGCCUCAUUCUGAAGAAUUACGUUUAGCUGGUUUACUCAAUUUACAUGAUCCUAAUGUAACUUGUUCACCUUCACAACAAGAUAUCGCACAUGUUUCAACUAAUAUUGGUGGUAUUUUUCGACGUGGCUCUCCGGCUACACUGAUUAAAAAAUCAAUAAAUUCACAACCACACAUUAACGCAAAGUAUAUUGAAUCACAAAGAGCUAGUGAAGAUUUUCUAUUUCCGUCAACUGCUAAUAGUACACCUCAAUCUCAUUCACAAUCACCAACUCGGAUAUUGCAUAAUCGGUCAUCUUCAUCACGUAGUUUUGGUUGUGUUGAUUCAUAUCAAAAAUUAGAUGUUCUAGGCGAAGGAUCUUAUGCAACUGUAUAUAGAGGAUAUUCAUAUGUUAUGCGUCGUGCUGUUGCUGUCAAAGAGAUACGUAUCAAUCCAGAAGAAGGUUUACCGUUUACUGCUAUUCGUGAAGCUUCAUUAUUAAAAGCUUUACGACAUGCCAAUAUAGUGAUUUUACACGAUAUUGUUCAUACAAAGAAAACGUUGAAUUUUAUUUUUGAAUUUGUGCAAUCGGAUUUGAGUAAAUACAUUGAAAAUCAUCCACGUGGCAUUAAACUACACAAUGUUCGACUUUUUCUUUAUCAAUUAUUGCGUGGCUUGGCUUAUUGUCAUGAUCGACAUAUAUUGCAUAGAGAUUUAAAACCACAAAAUUUACUUAUAUCAACACAAGGUGAAUUGAAACUUGCUGAUUUUGGACUGGCCAGAGCUAAAUCUGUACCUAGUCGUACUUAUAGUCAUGAAGUUGUCACAUUAUGGUAUCGUCCACCGGAUGUAUUACUCGGUUCCACAUGUUACACAGCUUCAUUAGAUAUUUGGGGUGUUGGUUGUAUUUUCACUGAAAUGAUAUCAGGAGUAGCAACAUUCCCUGGAUCCAAGGAUUCAGUUGAUCAACUUGAUAAAAUUUUUCGGGUUAUGGGUACACCAUGUGAAGAAACUUGGCCUGGUGUUUCUAAACUACCGAAAUACAAAGCAUUAUUAGGUGAUUUAACUAUGAAUUCAACUAUUCACCGUACAAAAACUGUAUCAUCAUCCGGUUUCAUUACUAAUGACAAUAAUACUAAUGACGGCGAAGAACAUUCCCACAAAUCAACUGAUCAUGAUUCAAAACAAAAACGUCUACAUUUCUAUCCUAAUCGACCAUUGCAUCGAGUCAUAUCACGUCUUAGUCGUGCACCACAUGCUGAAUCAUUAGCUAUGCAAUUUUUACAAUUGCAACCAUCGAAACGAAUUAGUGCACGAGCUGCUAUGCGUAGUGCAUAUUUCUCAAAUCAUUUACCGAUUGGUCAACUUGCUUGUUUGCCAGAUACUUUAUCCAUUUUCGCCAUUCCAAAUAUUCGUUUAGUACCAGAAUCCACUGCACAAUCUAGUCCAACGAAAGAUCUUGCGCAUAAUUACUAUCGACAUCGUGUCAAUGAUGACAGUGACCAAACAAAUAAUAAUAAUAAUAAUAGUAAUAGUAACAGUUCAAUUCAACAUCAACACGGUGGAGAUGGUCCAGAACUUGAUGAGUUUCAUACUGCUAAUAAUAAUAAUAAUAAUAGUAAAGAGAAAAUUGAUAAUGUUCACACAGAGUUACAUAACCAUCUUCAUCAUCAACAGAUGACACAGUUUGAGAAACAAUUAAAUGUUAGCCAAUGUUCCAAAUUAUCAACCUCUCCAACAUGUUGUAUUCAAAAUACAUUGAAUGAAUCACAGAAUCUAUUGCCUACAUCUAAUCAAAACAAAUAUCAUCAUAGUAAUUUGAAUUCCAAAGGUAAAUUAAAUGAACAUUCAAACACUAAAUCCGAAGUUGACAAAAGUAUGUUAAUGCAUGAGAAUAGAACCACCGGUAAUCAUCAUUUGUAUGUUUCUCGAGCUUAUGAAUCAGCCGAUGCAGUACUAAAUGCUAUACCUUUUAAUAUGUCAAAAUUAUCUCAUGAAGAAUGUGAACCUGUUAAAGUGUUUCCAGCGUGUUUUGAUCUGCCUAAAAAAGGCGAGCCAAUACCUUCCAAAAUACCACCGACUUCUUCGUCUCACAUCCCUAUAGGUGGUAAUUUUCUAUCUCUUAAUUCAGUCUCAUCAGUUUAUGACUCACCGGCACAUAAUACUUCAACUAUUCACUCGAAUCAACCAACAGAAUUUCAUCUUCAGCCAACUAAUCAUUCACCAUAUCAUACAUUACCAGGUUCAACAUCGCAAAUUUUUCAUCCAUACCCUCAUACUGGCCAGCAUCCAGUGAUUACGCAUUAUCCUGCAUUACCUCCUCUGUUUUAUUACCCUGAUUAUUAUGCGCCAUAUAUUACACCAGACUGGAGCAAUGUACAAAAUUCUCUCUAUUAUCCUCAAUUGCCAACACUGGAUGAGCGUAGAAAUGCUGCCGCAGCGGCGGCAGUAGCGGCUGCUGCAGCUGCGGCCGCGGCAGUCACUCUAUAUCCUGCAGUUGUACCACAUACAGAUGCAUACAUCCCGAAUGAUUUAACUUCUUCUUCUAUGUGUUCACGUGAUCAAGUUCAUCAAGACGUUAGUAUAGUAACAAGUGCAAUAGAUCAUGCCUCAUUAAAUCUUAGUAAAAGUAGUGAUGUUCCAACUGUAGAGUCUGUGGAAAAAGAACCUCAUUCUAGUGUAGUAUCUGAAGAUAGAUCAAAUAAGAGUUUGUAUGAUCGAAAUGGCCAGUAUAAUGUUUCAAUGACUGAAUCAUCUGAUAUUCGACCACCUAACACAUUACCUUCAAAUUUUAAUAGUUAUUAUAUUCCGUAUGGUGUACCAAUGAAUUGUUCCAAUCCUAUGUAUGUUUGCUCUUGUUUUGGACAUACUAACUGUGUUGGCUUAUCUAAUUAUUCUCUACCAAUAGUUCAUAAUCCUUCAGCAUUUUGGGAUCCUAAAACAAUUCCCUACAUGUUUCAUAUGCCUCGACAGAAUUUUGUAUCUUAUGAAAGAGAACGAUCAUUUAGCGCUUCAACACCAGCUCAUUCAUGUAUUAUUAGUCAAUCAGAUCAAGGAAAUCAUUUAAGCAAUUCUAAAUUACAAAUACCAUGUGACACAUCAUUAAACACAUCCUUACAUCAAUCAUUUUCUCCUUGUUCACAAAUACAUUCAACUAAUGAUGAGAAUACUCUUCAUACUACUGAAUCGUUCAGUACACCAGAAUCAUCUGUCAAUUGUGGUACAAUAAAUAAUAAUACUUCAACCGCUUACACUAACUCUUCAUCGUCCAUUAUUCCUGAAUCAUCACAAACAAUUGUUUCACCUACAGAUAAAGACUCCACAAGUUAUUCAUCCCAAUCGCAUUUAUCAAAUUCUAAUACUACUACUCAUCAACAAAUUUAUAAAUCAUUACAAAAUCCAUCAUGUUUAACACCAUAUCAAGUUGGUUUACCGGAUCUCUGUCAAACCACCUAUCUGAUUCGACCAAAUUUUCUUCCAGCUUUACCAAAUUAUUAUAUGCCAAAUUUUGCUAGUCCUUUACAUGUUUGUCCAGAGAAUAAUGUUUACAUUCAUCCAAAUGGUCAUCCUAUGCAUAGAUUAGACAAUAAUGUUUCAAUAGAUACUCAAAAACAUCAUCAACUACAAACAGAUCUUAACCAUGAUACAAUAAAUCAAAAUCAUCAUUACGAUGAAACAUUAAAAAAUUCUUUACUAUAUUGCACUCCUUCAUCAUUUAUUGCCUAUUCUUGUAAUCACAAUGUUCUGUCAUAUGAAUCACCAAUCGUAACACAAUGUCAAGAAGAAGGGAGCAAACAUACACAACAGGAUGUAAAUUAUUCUUCAAUGGAACAUUGUACUACACCUUGUUGUUUCAUUAAUAAUAAUCAGUCAUAUUCUAUAAAUGGUAAUUUGAACAAACCUGUUGUUAGUUAUCCACGAUCGAAUUCGUCAACUAACGAUAAUAAUAAUACUAAUAAUAAUAGUGAUAAUAACACUUAUGAACAACAGCAAUAUAAACAUCAUUAUUGCAAUUUCUAUGAACAAAAAAUGAAAACUUCAAAUUUAUCUACUGUUGUAAAUCGUAGUAUCAGUUUCACAUCACCAGAUACUAUGCGAUUAGAUUAUUAUCCAUAUAAAAAAGCACCAGUACAACAUAGUUUAUAUAUGAAUAAUAAUAAUGGGAAUAAUAAUAAUAAUAGUAAAAAUGAUAAUCAUAUGCCAAGUAUAUCACAUUAUCGUUUACCUCGAUCAUAUGCCUAUUAUCCAAUGAAUCAUCACUAUUCAUCAUUAGCAUCGGCUGCUGCUGCUACUGUUGCUCCAGCAACAGUGGCGCCGGUGACAACAACAACAACACACAAUCCUUUCCGAUUCAAUAUACCUUGUGCUGUGGCUGCUGUCAAUAAUGGUAAUAACAGUGGUUCACAUCACCGUCAUUAUCAUCAAUCAUUGCAUGAUCAUUGUAUUGGGAAGUCGUCGGAUUCUUAUGGGGACGCCUCACCAACACCGCCACAACAACAUCUACACCAACAACAAUCUCAUUUUUAUCAUUCAUCCUCAUUUGAUUUGCAUAGUCAAAGUAAUAGUAAUCAUAACAAUAAUAAUAAUAAUAAUAGUAGUAGUUUUGAUAAUCAUAGUAUUAGCAGUAACAAUAACAAUACGAGUCUGUUAGAUUCUUACAAUCAACGAACACAAACAAAUGUUUAA